AUGAGCUGGAGUGCAGCAGCUGCACCGAGCAUUCUCACCGGCGGGCGUGUCGAAAUGUUCGCAGCAAGACUGUCAAAACGCAUCCGCUUCCGCCCCGCGGUCUCGGCGAGGAAUGUCUCAUCGACAGCAUGCAGGAAGUCAGAUGCUCUCUUCGUCCACCGCGACACAACUUAUAACAACCCCAAGAUUCCAUUUGAAUUCAAUGCCGCGAACACGAAGCGCGCCCAGGAGAUCAUUUCACAUUACCCGCCUCAAUACAAGAAGGCUGCCGUCAUUCCUCUGCUAGACUUGGGCCAGCGACAGAACAAGGGUUGGACCAGCAUCAGUGUCAUGAACUACGUCGCUAAGCUGCUCGAGAUGCCCCCUAUGCGCGUGUACGAGGUCGCCACCUUCUACACCAUGUUCAACCGCGAGCCCAUCGGUGAGCAUUUCGUACAGGUGUGCACGACCACCCCGUGCAUGUUACGCGGUGGGUACGACAUCCUGAACACCGUCUGCGACCACCUGGGCGGCGUCAAGCCUGGCGAGACCACCAAAGACGGGAAGUUCACCGUCAUCGAGGUGGAGUGCCAAGGUGCGUGCAGCAAUGCACCAAUGAUGGUUGUCGGUGACGACUAUUACGAGGACUUGACGACGGAGACAACCAAGAAGAUUCUUGACGCGUUCAAGAAAGGCGAGAAGCCUAAGCUCGGUCCUCAGAGCGGUCGGCACACAAGCGAGAACUCUGCCGGUCUUACCGCGCUGACUUCCAAGCCGUACGGUCCUGGCGAGUUUUGCACACCAGAAUUCAGCUAG